AUGCACAACUUCUACGGGGCUCCGGGCGGAUACGGCUACGCGCCGCCUGGCCAACCAGGCGAACUGCUGGGAGCUCCUAUGGUUAAUGUGCCACAAUACAUACCGUUACUGGGGCAACCAAGAGAAGUUGAGCCAACCCCCGAGCAGCAAGGCUUCACGACGAAACUCCAGCUUACCAUUCCCGAUAACUUCCAGGUCGGGGUUGCGUGUAUGCCAGAUCUGAUGCGCCACUUCACCCUAAAUUCGCUGCAACGCGUAGUCAAGGACAAGAACUCAGCAGAUAAAACGGAUCCAAACGUGGAAAACUGGAAAGGAUCCGGAAUCGGUCGCAGUGACACAUUUGAGGAACGCGACUUCAAAUCCAGACCCGCAAAUGUCGAUGCAGACUGCUAUUUCAUGCUGAUCGAGAAUAAGCGCGAUGGUGGUACCCGUCUCCAAUUAUCUAAUGUUGGACCCCGUGGCUACGCCUCGGACAAACAACUCCACUACGCCCGUCUUAAGCGCCUAGCGAAGAAUGAGGACUUCGGCAGCGCGGAUGAUGCUGCGCGUGGCAGAGAUGGCAACGCGGCUAAUGGGGAUUCUAGUCAGAGGGUGAACAAAAUACACUGGGACUACGAGGGGGCUCCAAGCGACGACGAAGAGUUGUACCCACAGGUAGAGGCCGAUGAACCCGAUGAGGACCCCUUGAACCAGCCUCGCUUGUCGUUAUAUGGCCACAAACUGAGGAGUUUGCUGCAGCAGCAAGCUGAGCGCGAGGUUGAUGACGAGCUGGAGGCAUACUCCGACGACGAAGACGGGUCGCAGGUGUCUGCGCCGGGCAAGCAACAACGCUCGCAAGAUGCUUCGGAGUCGCAGUCGGCCAAGAAGGCCAAGAUAGAAGCUGAGAAAUCUAACAGCAUUGAGGAGCGCGUGACCAGGUUCCUGCUCGAGAACAACGGCAAGGUGCAAGUUAAGAGCAUCCUAUCACAUUUCAACAUCAUCGCCAAGAACGAUGACUUCCGCCUCAUACAGACCAUCAUCCAGAAGCGCUGCACCAUGAGCGUCGAGGACAAGGACAACAGGAAAAUAAAGUACAUCGCAUUAAAGCCGGAAUUCAUGAGAUAA